GAGAGUAAGAGGAAUAGAGAGAGAGGGAGCGUGGCACCACUUUACAGAGAAGAGUAAAUAAUAUAAAGAGUUGUAGCUGGGACUGUCCAACUACUUGGACAUAGAGAAGCACAGCAAACACCGGACACCAUCUACAACAAUGAAUGACAUCAAACUGGCCCUGCUGGGAAGUGAGGGAGCAGGCAAAUCUGCGGUUUUGGUGAGAUUCUUGACCAAGCGAUUCAUAGGAGAAUAUGCGUCAAAUACCAACUCCUUAUACCAUAAAAGGCUCUCCAUUGAUGGAAGACAGUUGAACUUGGAAGUCUUUGAUCCAUGCUCACAGAGUGGAGAAAGCAGAUGUAUCCUAGAGGAACCACUGGACUGGGCUGAUGGCUUUGUGGUGGUGUACACCAUCAGUGACCGUACGUCCUUCCUAAAUGCCAAAAACAUCCUGGCGCAGAUCAAAGAGAGUCGUCGAGAGACCUGUAAAGGGGAGGUUCCCAUCUGCCUGGUGGGUAACAAGCAGGACUUAUGCCACAGCCGCCAAGUGAGUGAAGAGGAGGGCCGCUCUCUGGCCCAGGAGAACAAAUGCCACUUCCAGGAGGUUUCAGCGGCUGAGAACUACCUGGAGAUCUCCAACCUCUUCACAAAGCUCAUCCGCCAUGUGAUGGAACAGCUUAAGCAUAGAGGCGACCGCAGGCGGUACAGUGGCUCCAAAUCCAUGGCCAAGCUCAUUAACAAUGUCUUUGGCAAGAGGAGAAAGUCUGUUUGAGUGCAGCACAUGAAAGAGCCUAGAAAAGAGCAAUGAGUCAGUCUCCAUUGAAUCAGUAAUGGAGAUUUCACCCUGUUAAACCUGAUGUUCUUGGAAAUGUUUUAUGUGUAUGAAUAGAAGUACAUAGUGCAAAUUCAAGCCACUAUGAGA